UAGCUGUAUUGUAGCAAAUAAAUAGACUGUGUCUGAUGAGAAUAGUGGUGUGAUGAUAGCGCAAUUGACUCUAGGACAGCAGCAAGUAGAUCAAGUUGGCAGUGAACAAAAACAAAAAAUGGUUGAUAUUAUAGGAACAGAAAUAGAUAAUACAGAUGAAGAUAAAAACAGUUAGAUCUUAGUACAGAGAAGAAAAAUUACUAGUAACAGUAAACAACGCCUGCAGGAAAAAUGGGUCGAGCAAAUAGUACAGAUGACAAGUUUCGAGCGGCAGAUCGUUUAUCAAAACUCAAUGGCGUCUGAUCAAGAUUCAUGUUCUGAUGAAGAGCCAGACAGUGAGAUGCUGAGCGAUGAUAUCUGUCUCCAAGAUAGCGAUGACGACAGACAAACUUCUAGAAGUGUUCAGAGUUUGCCAGAAGAUCUGCCAACAUUAAACUCUUGCAUUCUCCGACCACCUCGUAAGCUCUUCACCAACUGUCGAGAGCGCUGGCGACAGCAGAACGUCAGCGGUGCUUUCGCAGAGCUUAGACGGCUAGUGCCUACACAUCCGCCGGAUAAGAAGCUGUCGAAAAAUGAGAUCUUGAGAAUGGCAAUAAGAUAUAUAGGUCUGCUGAGUGAAGUACUUGAAUGGCAAAAGAACCACGGGCUGCUGAUCAAUAAAGAGAACUCCGGACUUGCCAUUAAAUGUGAAUCCCCUUUAAGUCCAACAUCAAGACGUCUCCGCCUCAAAAGACCGUACAUGGACGAAGAUAAAAGACCAUAUGAGAGCGAUUACAUACGAUUUGGUAACGAAGAAAACGAAGAAGUAUACAGAAGAAACUUCCAGAGAAAUACACCAAAUAAUAAGACUGAUUUUUUCUUUGGAAAGGAGCAUUUGAAGAUAAUGCGUAAUCAGUAUUAUUUUCCUUCAAGAUGGCGACAAAUUCCUUUGAGAAAUUUAGCAGGAGAACGCAAUGGGAAUAAUUUGUUGAUGAUAGCUCCAGCCAAAGGUGAUGAUAAAGAUAGAUCAUGUAAAGAUAAAGACGAUGGCAAAGAUAAGUAAAAUAAAUUUAUUAUAAUAAAGUCAUGCAAACUAAUGUUUAAGCCAGCUGAAAUACCAUAAACAAAUAUUAUCUUAGGUAAAUUGUUAUAAGCAUCGUUCUAACUAAAAACAAUACGUUAGCAAGUACCACCAUGUUUUAUAUACAAGAAUGUACAGUUGACAGAAUACGUAAAUGCUUAUAAUGUGAACUGUGUUGAAGAAAAACGUUAAGAUUUAACCUGCAUGUUCAGUAUGAAACUCUAUCAUAUGUGUAUUUAUACGUGUUGGAUCGUGGUCGUAGUUUCAAACCUUUUCCUUAAGAUUUAAGGCAUUUGCCAAGCAGUGGAACUCUUAGAGACUCUUAAAAUAAUGUAUUUCUAAUACUUUGUGUAGAGUGAGCUCGUAAUCAAUUUCUUUAAUAUAGUUUUUUUUUGCUUUAACAGGCAGACCUUUCAAGGUCUUGGCAUCUGUUUGUACUCUCAUUCUCUUAUCUCUUUUAGAUUUUUAAGUGUAGUUAUAUAUUGUACCUGCAUUAUUUAUUGUUCAUGUAUUAGUUUAAUUAAUAUCUUUGCGGAAAUAGUUGUAUUGUUAUGUUUAGUACAUAGUUUUUCUGU